AUGAUUGCGCAAGUAAUACGUAGGGACCGAAUGGGGUUUCUGAGCCAACUAAGUCAAACGCAACGUUUUUUUGGAGGAUGUGCGACGAAGUUGAACUGCUCGAGAACGAAAAAUUCGGGGUCUGUCUCACACGGAAAGAGAUUUCUGCAGAUUUCGUUAAAAGGUGAUAGCAAGUUUGGAAGAAACUCGGAUUCAAGUAUACCACCUCCAUCUACUUCUACGGCAUCUUCUACAGUAUCACCACAGUGGAAUUUUCAACUAGUUUCGUUACGUAAGGGACAAGAACAGAUCAAGGGUCACUGUUCCAGUGGCCCGCAGGGUAGUCACAACCCUUCUUUCUCUCCGAUGAAGUGGUCAAGCUACGCUAUGCCUGCAAAGAGCACUUUGAAGAAGCAAGACCAAGACGCCAAUAUGCAGGAGGAGGACUCCAAAAUGAAACUUCAAAAAGCUGCGCAAGAUGCAAAGGAAAGCAAAAAGCAAGUCACCACUGAGAAUUCGAUUAAGAAAAAAAGGAAGAGAACAAUAAGGCCGCGCAAAGCCCUAAUAACGUUGAGCACGAAGGCUAUAUCGCAUCUUCAGGGAUUGCUAGAUCAGCCUGAGCCUAAGCUUAUUAGAAUUGGCGUCAAGAAUAGAGGCUGCUCCGGCUUAACUUACGACUUGCAAUACAUCACAGAACCUGGAAAAUUUGACGAGGUGGUUGAGCAGGAUGGUGUGAAGGUAUUUAUUGAUUCAAAAGCAUUAUUUAGCAUUGUUGGAAGCGAGAUGGACUGGGUUGAUGAUAAGCUAUCUUCCAGAUUCAUCUUCAAGAAUCCAAAUUCAAAGGGAACUUGUGGGUGUGGUGAGAGCUUUAUGGUAUAG